GGUGAAAAGCCGUUUUCAUGUGUGAAAUGUGGAAAAAGUUUUAGUCGAAAACUUAGUUUAACUGAGCACAUGAUGAUUCACACUGGUGAAAAGCCGUUUUCAUGUGUGACCUGUGGAAAAGGUUUUUGUCAAAAACAGGUUUUAACUCAGCACAUGAUGAUUCACACAGGUGAAAAGCCAUUUUCAUGUGUGAAUUGUGGAAAAAGUUUUUGUCAAAAACGGCAUUUAACUCAGCACAUGAUGACUCACACAGGUGAAAAGCCAUUUUCAUGUGUGAAUUGUGGAAAAGGUUUUAGUCGAAAACAGCAUUUUACUCGGCACAUGAUGAUUCACACUGGUGAAAAGCCAUUUUCAUGUGUGAAUUGUGGAAAAGGUUUUAGUCACAAACAGCAUUUAACUCAGCACAUGAUGAUUCACACUGGUGAAAAGCCGUUUUCAUGUGUGAAAUGUGGAAAACGUUUUAGUCGAAAACAGGAUUUAACUCGGCACAUGAUGAGUCACACUGGUGAAAAGCCGUUUUCAUGUGUGACCUGUGGAAAACGUUUUAGUCAAAAACCUAGUUUAACUCAGCACAUGAUGAUUCACACUGGUGAAAAGCCGUUUUCAUGUGUGAAUUGUGGAAAAAUGUUUAGUCAAAAACAGCAUUUAACUCAGCACAUGAUGACUCACACAGGUGAAAAGCCGUUUUCAUGUGUGACCUGUGGAAACGUUUUUUGUCAUAAACAGCAGUUAACUCAGCACAUGAUGAUUCACACUGGUGAAAAGCCUUUUUCAUGUGUGAACUGUGGAAAAGGUUUUAGUCACAAACAGCAUUUAACUCUGCACAUGAUGAUUCACACAGGUGAAAAGCCAUUUUCAUGUGUGAAUUGUGGAAAAAGUUUUUGUCAAAAACAGUAUUUAACUCAGCACAUGAUGACUCACACAGGUGAAAAGCCAUUUUCAUGUGUGAAUUGUGGAAAAGGUUUU